UACUACGAUGGCACCUUCCCCACAGCCAAGGAGCAGGUGACCUUUGAGAGGAACAUCUUCAGGAAGACCCACCAGGCAGGUGGUGAGAUCACCAGCCUGGAAGGACUCACCAUUGUCUACAGGAGCAGCGUGGACCUCUUCUUCUACGUGGUGGGGGGCUGCCAGGAGAACGAGCUGAUGCUGUUUGCUGUGCUCACCUGCCUCCUGGAUGCCCUCGGCCACCUCCUGCGGAAGGAGGUGGAGAAGCGCUGCCUGCUGGACAACAUGGAGGGGACGUUCCUGGUGGUGGAUGAGAUCGUGGAUAAGGGGGUGAUCCUGGAGAGCGACCCCCAGCAGGUGAUCCAGCGGCUCAGCCUGCGGGUCCCAGAACCAGCUCCCUAUGGAUUCGUCCUCUUCGACUACCUGGCAGGUGGCUCAGAACGGGGGGACCCUGGUGGCCACAAAUAG